GUGGGCGCGUCUUUGUGUGUGUGUGGGUCUCGUCUCUCUCACACAGUAUCUCACUCUUUCUUUUUGUCUUCCACUUUCAAUCCAUUAAUUGUAGGAAUAACAUAACUUCAUUAUUUAAUUUCUUCUCCUUCCUCAACCCACAAAUGAUGAACAAUUAACAUUCAUACAACAAUUUUAAGGCUGUUUUUGGAUUUAAUCUGUGGCGGGUUAGAUUUUGAACGAGUGAUCGACGAAAAUGGCGUUAGGAAAAUAUACUAGGAUUGAUGCGAGGAGGCAAUCCACGAACUACUGCUCCACCGUCACCAUUGUGGUGUUUGUGGCGCUCUGCUUGGUUGGGGUGUGGAUGAUGACUUCCUCGUCUGUAGUUCCUGCUCAAUCUGUAGAUGUGCCUCCUCAGGAGAAGAUCAAUGAUGUUCCCCAGCAAGUGCCCGACAGCCGAGCUGAGGAUGCAACGAAGGGAGACAGCAGUGCAAGUCAACCUCAGGAAGAAAAUACAUCUACCAAUCAAGAUGCACAAAAGCCGAAGCUUGAAGAGCAGCCUGAGGAGAUGCCCGAAGAGAGACCUGAGGAGAAACCUGAGGAGAAGCCAGAAGAGAAACCCGGGGAGAAACCCGAGGAGAAACCUGAGGAGAAGCCAGAAGAGAAACCUGAGGAGAAGCCAGAAGAAAAACCCGAGGAGAAGCCAGAUGAAGCUAACACGUCUUCUGAUACUUCGAAUCCAGAGGAUGUGGAUUCUAAGACAUCAGAUGGAGAAACAAACUCAGAAGCUGGGGGAACAAAUUCUGGUGAUACUCAAAGUGGUACAGCUGGACAAGAAGAUACUGAAGAAAAUACACAAGAUACCAACUCUAAACCUGAUUUGAAAUCAGACGAGACCACUCCGACAGAGAAGCUACUUAAUACUGAUGAUACUGACACAAAAUCAGAUGAUAAUUCUAUUGAAACUAAGGAUGGUAAGACGGAUGAGAAGUCCGUGGAUCUUAUUGAUGAUAAGGAGUCCGAAAAAAGCACGGAUGGGCAGGCUAACAACCAGAGUUCUAAUGAUAUUUUUCCUUCUGGGGAUCAUUCAGAGCUUUCAAAUGAAACUACCACUCAGAGUGGGGCAUGGAAUACUCAAGCAGCAGAGUCAAAGAACGAGAAAGAAGCUCAACAAUCCUCUGAUCAGCAAAAUAUCUACAACUGGAAGGUGUGCAAUGUCACUGCUGGACCUGAUUACAUCCCAUGUCUUGACAAUUUGCAAGCAAUUAGGAGUCUACGCUCUACUAAGCACUAUGAGCAUCGAGAGAGGCACUGUCCUGAAGAGCCUCCAACCUGCCUUGUCCAACUUCCUGAAGGCUAUAAACGCCCAAUUGAGUGGCCCAAAAGCAGGGAAAAGAUAUGGUAUCAUAAUGUUCCUCACACAAAACUAGCUGAAAUUAAAGGGCAUCAAAACUGGGUGAAAGUUUCAGGCGAAUUCCUCACAUUUCCUGGUGGUGGGACGCAGUUUAAACAUGGUGCUCUCCAUUACAUUGACUUUAUAAAUGAGUCUGUGCCCGACAUUGCAUGGGGAAAACGCUCCCGCGUGAUAUUGGAUGUUGGAUGUGGAGUUGCUAGCUUUGGUGGCUAUCUCUUUGAGAGAGAUGUGCUUGCAAUGUCUUUUGCUCCUAAAGAUGAACAUGAAGCGCAAGUCCAAUUUGCUCUUGAAAGAGGAAUCCCUGCUAUAUCUGCUGUGAUGGGCACACAAAGACUUCCAUUUCCAGCAAGAGUUUUUGAUGCUGUCCACUGUGCAAGAUGUAGAGUCCCAUGGCAUAUCGAAGGUGGUAAACUUCUUUUGGAGUUAAAUCGAGUGUUGCGACCUGGCGGUUUCUUCAUUUGGUCUGCUACUCCUGUUUAUCAGAAGAUUCCGGAAGAUGUUGAAAUUUGGAAAGCUAUGACUAAACUGACCAAAGACAUGUGCUGGCAACUUGUCUCCAUUACCAAGGAUACAGUAAAUGGUGUGGGUGUAGCGACAUAUAGGAAGCCUACUUCCAAUGAUUGCUAUGAGAAAAGAUCACAACAAGAGCCUCCUCUCUGUGAAGCAUCUGAUGAUCCGAAUGCUUCCUGGAAUGUACCACUACAAGCAUGUAUGCACAAGGUCCCAGUAGAUUCAGCAGAACGUGGGUCAAAGUGGCCAGAGCAAUGGCCUGCCAGGUUGCAGCAAGCUCCUUAUUGGAUGUUGAGUUCCAAAAUUGGAGUUUAUGGUAAACCAGAACCGGAGGAUUUUGCUGCAGACUAUGAGCACUGGAAGCGAGUGGUAUCUAAGUCCUAUCUUAAUGGACUAGGAAUAAAAUGGUCAUCUGUGAGGAAUGUCAUGGACAUGAGAUCUAUAUAUGGAGGUUUUGCUGCCGCUCUAAAGGAUAUUAACGUGUGGGUCAUGAAUGUGGUCCCAGUAGACUCCCCAGAUACUCUACCGAUAAUUUAUGAACGUGGUCUUUUUGGAAUGUAUCAUGAUUGGUGUGAAUCAUUUAACACCUACCCAAGAACAUAUGAUCUUCUCCAUGCAGAUCAUCUCUUCUCAAAGAUCAUAAACAGGUGCAGUCUAGUAUCUGUGGUUGUGGAGGUUGAUCGGAUACUUAGACCAGGUGGAAAAUUAAUUGUCCGGGACAAUGUUGAGACAAUUACCGAGCUGGAAAACAUAACGAGGUCUAUGAAGUGGGAGGUACGUAUGACCUACUCUAAGGACAAGGAGGGAUUGCUUUAUGUUGAAAAAUCCAUGUGGCGGCCUAAAGAGUCAGAGUCGCUCGCAUAUGCCAUUGGUUGAGCAAAAUUCUGAUGAUUGCAUCGCAACGUUGAGGCUGUGUUCCUGGUGAGAUUAGGUAUUCUUAUUGUUCUAGUUGCUAAUUGCAAUUCAUAUUUGUUUGUUUUUACCCACAUUGGAGUCAGUUUUCUUUGUAAUGUCAGAGUCACCACUUUUCCAUAUCAAAUAGUACAUCCUUGAACUGUAACACAACAUGAAUAUUUUUUUGAAUGCCAUAGAAAGUUUUGUA